GGUAGAUGAUUUGUCUCCCACGGUGGGAAGCCCAUGACAGAGCAGCGGUAAGCGGGUGAGCGUGGCACGCCCAAUUCUUCCUGACAACAGCACGCGUUGGCCGUGGGGGGCUGCAAGGGUGUGUGUGUAGGUACACGACCGCCAACACUACCACACGGCUGUAAAUACCAAAAUCGUCUGCGACAUUCUAGUUCGAACACGUCACCAAAGCCCCCAUUACAAUGGCCAACUUUGCGUCCAGAUCCUAAACUGACAGGCCUGUAUUUGGUGUUUUUUUCCCUCGACGCCAGUUUCAGGAUCUACGUGGCACCUAUUUACCCUACCUGGCGUACGCACAAUUUUAUGACGAGUACAGACCCUUACACCCACCACACCCCCACCUUAAUUAUAAGGAAUUAAUUCAAUCAAAUGGGCACAUCUCCCCUAAAAGCCCCGUUAGUAGAGGGACCACUGCAUUUGAUGGUUAAUUGUGCGUGAAGUGUGAUGCGUCGAUCGGUGAUCCAUUGAUCGGUCAUGCGUCGAUCUUGUCCUCGUUUCAACCAUGAUAACUUCUGUGCUCGUCAAUGGAGGCCCCGGUAGUGCUGCGGUUGAAACCUUGUUGCAACCGCUCGGUUGCGGGAAAUUAGACCCUAAAACGUUAAUAACCUACAUAAGGGCGAGGUGCUGCGUGGUGCAUAUGCACAACUACCAUAAGGGUCCACACAAAAACCAUUCCAGACUAAUUAAAUCGUCUACUGAGAUGAAAAGAAUAAACACCGCUAGUGAAAAUGCCACCUUCCCCUGACAUGCUUUCGGGCUAAUGUCGAUGGUUGUACAACUCAUUCAGGGUCCAAGAAAAUGCCGUACCUCAAUCAUGUCGCACCCCUCAAGACAUCGUCAAAAUGGGGACUAACUAAAAAAUAUUCACAUCCCGCAAACUCGUAAUGGGUGCCUAGCAUUUCGCCUCCCCUGCGCGAGAAAAUAACAAAUUGUUGUUGAAAACUCAUCCAGGGGUUCAUACCAAUGUAUAGUUAAUGCUACUCUGUUUCCCGAACAAGUUAUAUGAUUUCCCGUGUA